GAUGAGCAGCUAGAGAUGGGUGGAGGAAUAACACGUCCUCUCGCUUUCUCUUGUAAGUUACGAUGAGGCACGGAGAGUGGAGCGGCGACAACAGCAACUGUUGCUGAUGAUGGUGCCUCUCCAGUGCGUUCGACUGGCCGUGGGGACCUAUUAAGCCGUUGUGACAGUUGCGAACGUCUUCCCGCCCACUCCUCGCGCUGUUUAUGUGCGUGAGCCUCCGCGCGCCUCGCCAGACGGUUGCUUGCCAGGUUCGACCAGGGCCCUGUCGACGUCCAUCGUAGUGGCGGCCUGGCAUAUCCGCAAACCUAACGCGCUUCCUCAACUCCAGUAAGGAACCAUGCGGCUAUGUGGGGCGCUUCUAAAAAGCCCCAUUCCCAAACAAAUCGAAUACUACUCUCGCUUUUCCCCGUCGCCGCUGUCUAUCAAGCAGUUCCUGGAUUUCGGGCGUGAUAAUGCAUGUGAGAAAACAUCGUACAUGUUCCUGAGAAAAGAGCUUCCUGUGCGACUUGCUAAUACAAUGAGAGAAGUAAAUUUGUUGCCUGAGAACUUGUUGAAUAGGCCUUCUGUUAAGCUAGUACAAAGUUGGUAUAUGCAGAGCUUUCUUGAGCUUUUAGAAUAUGAAAAUAAAAGUCCUGAAGAUCCACAUGUUUUAGAUAACUUUUUAGAUAUCUUAAUUAAAGUCAGAAAUCGACACAAUGAUGUUGUUCCUACCAUGGCUCAAGGAGUUAUUGAUUACAAGGAAAAGUAUGGAUUUGAUCCAUUUGUGAGCAGUAAUAUUCAAUAUUUUUUAGAUAGAUUCUAUACAAAUCGCAUCUCAUUUCGCAUGCUCAUUAAUCAGCACACACUGCUUUUUGGUGGAGUCACCAAUCCUGCUCAUCCAAAACAUAUUGGGAGCAUUGAUCCUACUUGUAAUGUGGCUGAUGUAGUAGAAGAUGCCUUUGCAACUGCCAAGAUGCUGUGUGAGCAGUAUUAUCAAGUAGCACCUGAUUUGGAAAUUGAAGAAUUUAAUGCUAAAGCACCAGGCAAGCCCAUUCAGGUUGUCUAUGUACCCUCACAUUUGUUUCAUAUGCUUUUCGAAUUGUUUAAGAAUUCAAUGCGAGCUACAGUGGAGCUACAUGAAGGUAAAUGUAAAAGCUAUCCAUCAAUUAAAACUUUAGUCACUUUGGGAAAAGAAGACCUAUCAAUAAAGAUAAGUGAUAAAGGUGGUGGUGUACCUUUGAGAAAAAUAGAUCGUCUUUUUAAUUAUAUGUAUUCAACUGCUCCCAGGCCUAAUUUGGAGCCAUCAAGAGCUGUACCUCUGGCUGGAUAUGGGUAUGGUCUUCCAAUUUCUCGUCUUUAUGCUCGAUAUUUUCAAGGUGACCUCAAAUUGUAUUCUAUGGAAGGAGUGGGUACAGAUGCAGUAAUCUAUUUAAAGGCACUAUCAAGUGAAUCAUUUGAAAGACUACCAGUUUUUAAUAAGUCAGCUUGGCGACAUUACAAAACCACUCCAGAAGCGGAUGAUUGGAGUAACCCUAGCAGUGAACCCAGGGAUGCUUCCAAGUAGCAAUAACGGCAGUGCCAGAUCUUGGCUGAUGCAAAGGGAAAGUUUCAGCUAUCUUGGGAUCCUCCUGCUGUAAGAACAUCAUGUCUCCAUCCUUAUAGUGUGCUGUACUCCCUUCUCUCAAAAUAAUUUGAAAACCUAGGAUUUAACAGCAUCUUAAAAUUCUUUGCAUCUUGGCUUUCUUCCCUGAAAUUGAAAUUGCCCUCAAUCAAAUGCUUCACUGGUGCUUUACACAUUCCAAAGAAAUUAGUCUGUUUUUAAAUUCAUUAAUCCUGUUAACCUAAAUGGAAGUUAUAUGUCACUGUUAGGUAGUGGUAUUUCUAUUUUGUAAGAAUAGAGCUUUAUUUGGUUAGAAAGCCUUUUCCUUUCCUAAGAGAAGGAAAAAUUGGUUGAUGCGCAUUUAUUGAAUAUAAUCAAAUAUUAGCUCAUUGGUAUAAUAUGAGAGGAAAUAGCUCCUUUUGCAUGCUUUUAAAAUUAUUUUUAAUAAUGAAAUAAAAAUAAGAAUAAUGCCAGCAGGAAGAAAUGACAAUGAUUAUAAAUGAAGAAAAUGUAAAAUAGCAAAAUAUAUUGUGAUGAUUAAAAUAAAAAUAAAAAGAGGAAAAACUAACAAAAAUGUAAACAGAUUCCUAUGAUAUCCUAUGGUAUUGGUACAAAAUUAAUCCAGCCCAUAUAUUAAAUGUCAGAUGAAAGUGUAUUUCAUCUUAUUUUCAGAACACAUAAACGUGUAAAAAGGACAGAAAAUCGUAUCCUGAACCCAAACCUUAAAAACAGAUGGAUACGCUUGUUUGCAUUUAGAUAAAAUUUUUCUCUUAGCCUUGCUCAGGCUUGAUAAAGCCAAAACAGAUUCCAUGUUUUACAUAUAUAUUUCAAUAUCAUAUUAAGUGUUUGGGCGGGGGGGGGUGUUGUUUCUCAGAAUUUACUGACAAAUAUAUUAAUUUGAAAACAAUAUGAUGUAGCUGAACCAGAUCAGAUUAUAUGAAUUAAGGAAUCUUCAAAUCUUUUUACAGCAUUAGCAUAAAAAUACUUUAAUACCUAACUAACCCUUUUAAAACAGUUAAGAAUGGUAAAAAAGCAUGAUUUACUUUCUAGUGAAUUUUGUUUUUAAAUCAUAAGUAUAGUUUAUAUUUUUUAAUAUUAGAAUCACUGAUUCUUCAAAAUUAGAGUAUUCCAGCUUCAUUCCACAAUUUAGAUGAAGAAUUGAUAUAACUUUAUUUUUUAUUUAAAUUGGAUUAAUGAUUUCCAUUAGAGUGCUGCUUCUAUUGAGGAUCCUAAAAUUUCAGGUAAUGUAUUUGGGUCGUUUUGCUUAAUAGAUCUGUCAGCUGUGUCUACUGAUAUGUGACUAUUGUAGGAAAGUCAUGUUCAAAAUGUAGUCUCACAAAAGUUUUUAAAACAACCUUUAGAAGUCAACAAGUUCAAAGUACAGGUAGUCCUCAAGUUACAAAUGUAAUGGAGCCCGCAAAUUACAUUCAUAACCCAAAGUUUUGUAGGAGUGAAUCACGAAACUUAAACAUGAUCACUCUCAUCUUUUGCCCACACAUUUGCUAAUCGAAUGUGUGGGUUAUUAAGUGCACAUGAGGUAUCUCAGAGUAGGGAAGGCCAUGGGAGGCCUAUUGCUUUCCCUGACCCACUCUCUUGCUUCCCUCCCCCCCCAUCCUGCCCAACCAGGUCACUUAUCUUAGGUAGUUUUUAAUCAUCAAUGAUAGUCCUCUUCAUGAUUUUGCUUGGAGCAAGGGGCUUGCCGAGGCCUACAGGGAUGAGAGAUUGAGACUGUAUUUGCAAAAACUUUUUGCUGGCAAAAAUGGAGGCUGGGAAGGGCGCACCUGCCCCUCCAGGCCUACAUUCUCGCUGUCAAAGGCCUCCUCAGGCCCUUUGCCAAUGAGAACGGAGGCCCAGAGGGAUUCACACACCAUCCUACCCUCUUCUUUCCAGCAGAGGGCUUGAGGAGGCCCUUGCCGGUGAGAACAGAGGCCGGAGAGAUGCAUGUGGCCCUCCUGCCCUCUGCUGUCAUUGACAGAGGGCCUGAGGAGGCCUUCACCGAUGAGAACAGAGGCUUGGAGGGACCCACUUGGCCUCGGUUCUUGCUGGCAAAAAAGCCCUUUGCCAACUAAAAAUGAAGGUUCGGGGGUAUGGACAUGCCCUUCCCGGCCUCUGUUCUGGGCAGCAAAGGGCUUUUGCAAAUAUGGCAAAAGGCUUUGCAAACAUAGGGAAAGCUUCAGUGCUUCAGGUCUUCCCUCCAUUUGGAAAGCCUUUUGGUGCAGAUCUCAUCUAGGCCUCCGUUUGCAGAGAACAGAGGCCUAAAGUACAGUGAGAUAAGGUGAGAUCAGUAGCAUGAGAUCUUGCAUUACUGAUCUUGCAGUACUUUAGACCUCCAUGCUCUGUGGAUGCACCAGAGACCUGGAGCACUGAACAGGCGAAGAAACUGGAGGCCCCCUGGAUCUUUGUAAGGUGUGUAUCCACAGGCCUAGUGCCUGUAGAAACCCAGCCCGUGGGGGGGGAUUAGGUAGGGCGAAUGUUGCAGGGCUUCUGGGAUCAUUUGUAAAUGUGAACAACUGCCAUGGUGCUGCAAUACGCGUAAUUUCGGUACUGUGUUGUACAUACUUGGGGUGGGGGGGGGGUCAUAACUUUGAAUAGUCACUAAGUGAACUCUCAUAACUGGAGGAUUGCCUGUAUCAAUCUCUUAUUUGCUUAAAGUGUUCCCUUGAGCUAUUUUAUCUGCUAUUUUCACAUUUGGCUAUUCCUCAAUGUUGAAUUCUCAUGUGAUUAAGGAUCAAAACAUAACCACUUAACUAUUAGUAACCAAACAUGUCUGGCAACUAUCAAGGUUAGUAACAAAAAUCCCUCUUUAAUAUUUGUGUCCUAAAAUUUGCCAGUAUUUUCAGAGGUGUUCACCUUUACCUCUGUAUAGCCAAAGAGA